CCGCUCUUCCCCCCCCGCCUUGGCUGGCAGUAGCCAUGGCGGGGAGUAAUAGCGGUGCUGCUGCGGCGGCGGCCGCGGCCGCCAACCUGAAUGCGGUGAGGGAGACCAUGGACGUUUUGCUUGAAAUUUCAAGAAUAUUGAAUACUGGCUUGGAUAUGGAAACACUCUCUAUUUGUGUACGUCUAUGUGAGCAAGGAAUAAACCCAGAGGCCUUAUCCUCUGUCAUUAAAGAACUUCGAAAGGCCACAGAAGCACUAAAGGCUGCUGAAAAUAUGACAAGCUGACUUCAUAGAGGGAUCUCUUGAUGAGAUGAGCAUCAAGAUCUGGAACAUUAGAAGAUUGCACACUGGAAUGAAAUUACUUUACAGCAAUGUAAAAUUAACAAACCAUAGCUUUAUACAUAGUGGGAAGUAGCUUAUUGAGAUAUUAUCAGAUUACUGUUUAGUUCACAUCUUUAUUUCUUUUAACAGUCCUAAUGAUUUACACAUAAUAGGCUGUUAUUUAUAUAUUCUUUAUUUAUAGCUUUCAAAGGUUUAAUUUUAUAACUCUGUCAAAUAUUGCACAUUUGCUGUACCUAGUGGAAACUAUCAACACUGAUGCAGUAGUUGUGACUUGUUGACAUUUCCAUUAUAAACUCUCAUUUUGAAUUAUUUAUGUAUAAUAACUUCAUGGUUUUACUUUUCACUAGGCUGGAAGAAUGCAGAAUUUCAGAGAGUGUGUCAGUUUUUAUUUAAAUCCAUUGUGUGUCAAUUUUGUUUUGUACAAAAGCAUGUUAAUUUCUUAUAGUCUCUACUAUUGUAACUAAAAGACUUAGUUUGUUAACAAUUUACCUGAAAUUGAAUAAUGUGAACUAGAUCACUUUUUUAUUAAAAAUAAACUUUGGAAACAGCUAUUAGUUGCUGUUUGAAUCAUCUAAAGUUAAUGAGAGUAUUUUAGUUAAUAUUUUGCCUUUUAAGAUUUACACUGUUAUCACUCAGUCCUCAGUAAUAAUGUAUUUAUGAUAAUGUGACCAACAUGCAAAAUCUCUUGUUUAGUAAAAAAUAGUUUGGUUGCUGAAUAAGAGAUUAUCAAAUCUUCAUUCAUUGUAUGAAAAUUCUUUUAAAGUUUAAAUUUAACUUUUUUUUUUUUUUAAGAAAAAAAGAUUUCAAGUCAUUAUACAAAGACUAAAUAAAAUAGGCCAAAUACCAAGAAUUGUUAGACUGUGCCUUCUUAAAAUCACUUUUGUGAUAUUAUUUGAUCCUGACAGUUCUGUUUCUGAGUGGUGCAGUAAAGAGGGAUUUUUAGAAAGGACAGAGUAUAGAAAUAAAGAACUAAUGUUACUGAUUCUCUCUAUAUCAUUGCUUGUUUUUAUGGAAUAUUAAUGUACUUCUUAAAAAGGCUUCUGCUUCCUCCACUGUUGCUUUUAAAAUAUAAGCAGAAUUUUUUUCAUCACUUUAUCAUUCAAAGACAUGUGGAAUUCACUGGAAAACUUGUGUUUAGGAGGAAUAAGUAGCCAAAUCUGUUUAUAAUUGUCCAGAGAUGGAAGGAUAAAGGAGGGCAGGGAGUAAUAACUUUCAAGAUCAAGAACAUAAAAACUGUAUGUUAAUAUUUUUAGACUGCUAACAUCUAUAGAAAAUGAACUCUUUUGGUUUGCUUUUAAAUAAAAAACUUUGCAUCUGGCUCUUAAGUCUGAAAAUGAAAAGCAAUUUAGAGCAUUCAAUCUUAAUUUUUUUCUUCUAAUGUAAUAGCCCACAUUCAGCUUGUGAAUUUAUAAUGUCAUAAAUUAAGUUAUAUGGGAAACACAGGAAAAAAAUGUGGGAAGAGGUCUAUGUUUACAGAGGGCUUCCUGAAUGUGUUACAUUUCUGAAAUGUAAAUCUAUUUUUUUAAUGCAUAUUCAUAAUCUUGCAAAGGAUAUUUAAGGAAAUGAAACAAACAAUAACUGUAAAAUCACAGUCUUGUGCAUGUUAUCACUGACAAUAAAACUGAAUAGUCUUGAAAAGUA